CUAGUAAGCACAGACUUAGCAGAGAGGUAUAGCCAAAACCCUAGUCCUUGAAUUUAUUCCCAUCGAUCUCCGGUAAGCCCUCAACAAACCUUCUUCUCUCAUUGCCACAAGCCCUAUCCGUCUAUUCUUGCUCGGAAAAAAUCUGGAAACUGACCGGAAAGUUAUUGGAUUCUAGACUCUCUGCUUUCUUGCGGCGUCUAAUGGAUGAUCUUGAGAAAGCAAUUCUUAUUAUGUUUGAUGAGUCGGGGGCUGUUGAUGAUGGAUUGAAGAAACGGGCUAAAAUUUUUUGUAAUGAAAUUAAGGAGAAGCCAUCAAUUUGUAGUUUGUGUAUUGAAAAAUUAUGCUUUUCAAAUCUUGUUCAAGUGCAGUUUUGGUCUUUACAGACAUUACAAGAAGUGAUUCAAGCUCGAUACUCGUCAAUGAGCCUGGAUGAGAAGCAUAUGAUUAGAAGCUCUGUAUUUUCUAUUGUGUGUUUUGAAGGGAUCAAUGACAACAGUCGGUUGAGGGUUUUAGAAGGCCCCGCUUUUAUCAAGAAUAAGCUUGCUCAGGUUUUGGUCACUUUGAUUUACUUUGAGUACCCGCUAAUUUGGUCGUCUGUAUUUGUGGAUUUUGUCCCUCAUUUGAGCAAAGGGAAUGCGGUGAUAGACAUGUUCUGUCGGGUUUUGAAUGCCUUGGAUGAUGAACUGAUUAGUUUGGACUAUCCGCGGACCCCUGAAGAAUUGACUGUUGCUGGGCGGGUUAAGGAUGCGAUGAGGGAGCAGUGUGUUGCGCAGAUAGUGAGAGCGUGGUAUGACAUCGUGUCUAUGUAUAAAAAUUCUGAUCAAGAACUUUGUACUAGUGCAUUAGAUUCCAUGAGAAGGUAUAUUUCGUGGAUUGACAUCAGGUUGAUUGUGAACGAUGCUUUUGUUCCUCUACUAUUUGAUUUGAUUUUGGUUGGUGGACUGUCGGAUCAACUUCGUGGCGCAGCUGUCAGAUGCUUGUUAGCAGUAGUCUCUAAGCGAAUGGAACCACAACCUAAACUUUCACUGUUGCAGAGCCUUCAAAUUAAUCGCAUAUUUAGAUUGAUAGCAGAGGAUACUGAUUCCGGGUUGGUUUCUGAUAUAGCGGCAUUACUCACAGGGUAUGCAGCUGAGGUUUUGGAUUGCUUUAAGCGUAUAAAUUCUGAGGUUGCUAAAGGAAUCUCGAUGGAGCUUCUAAAUGAAGUGUUACCCUCAGUUUUCUAUGUAAUGAAGAAUUAUGAGGUGGACACUACAUUUAAUAUCGUUCAGUUUCUUUCGAAUUAUGUUUCCACUCUAAAAAGCGUUACUCCUUUGCGGGAGAAACAACUAUUUCAUGUGGGACAGAUAUUAGAUGUGAUUUUAUCGCUGAUCUGUUAUGACCUGGGGUACCGAAAUCAUCUUGAUGUUUUAGAUAAAAUUGGGAAGGAGGAGGAAGAUAGAAUGGUAGAGUUUAGAAAGGAUUUAUUUGUCCUUCUUCGAAGUGUGGGUCGUGUUGCGCCUGAAGUGACGCAAUUGUUUAUCAGAAAUUCAUUAUUAAAUGCUAUAUCAUCUACCUCAAACAGCAAUGUUGAGGAGGUGGAAGCUGCACUUUCUCUUGUAUAUGCACUUGGAGAGUCAAUUAGUGAUGAAGCCCUGCGGACUGGGAGUGGUAUGUUGAGUGAGCUGGUGACUAUGCUUUUAUCAACAAGAUUUCCUUGCCAUUCUAAUAGGCUAGUUGCUCUCGUGUAUCUGGAAACAAUAACAAGAUAUAUCAAGUUUGUUCAGGAUAAUGCCCAGUGUAUUCCUAUGGUUCUUGCUGCCUUUCUGGAUGAAAGAGGCAUACGUCAUCCUAACAUCAGAGUAAGCCGAAGGGCCGGUUAUUUGUUUAUGAGGGUUGUAAAAUUGCUAAAAGUGAAGCUGGUUCCUUUCAUCGAGACAAUUUUGCAGAGCCUACGAGAUUCUGUUGUGCAAUUCACCAGUUUAGAUUAUACAACAGAAGAGCUAUCAGGGUCAGAAGAUGGCAGCCACAUUUUUGAGGCAAUUGGGUUAUUGAUUGGAAUGGAAGAUGUCCCACUCGAGAACCAAUCUGAUUAUCUAUCAUCCUUGCUCAAUCCUCUUUGUCAACAGGUUGAGGCAUUGCUCAUCAAUAGCAAGUUAUUGAGUGUAGAGGAGACUAAUGCCAAGGUUGCUAUUAUCCAGCAAAUUAUCAUGGCAAUUAAUGCUCUCAGCAAGGGCUUCAGUGAGCGUCUUGUAACUGCCAGUCGCCCUGCAAUUGGUCUCAUGUUCAAGAAGACAUUGGAUGUGCUUCUCCAAGUUCUUGUUGUCUUUCCAAAAGUUGAACCUUUGCGAAGCAAGGUCACGUCUUUUAUACAUCGUAUGGUGGACACACUAGGAGCAUCUGUCUUCCCAUACCUUCCAAAGGCAUUGGAGCAGUUGCUUGCAGAAAGUGAGCCAAAGGAAAUGGUCAGUUUUCUUUUGUUGCUAAAUCAACUUAUCUGCAAGUUCAAUGUUAUGGUGUGUGGCAUUUUGGAGGAAAUAUUUCCAGCUGUUGCUGGUAGGAUAUUCAAUGUUAUUCCAAGAGAAACAUUGCAUUCAGGUUCUGGAGCAAUCACUGAGGAAAUUCGUGAAUUGCAAGAACUUCAGCGAACAUUGUAUACGUUUCUACAUGUGAUUACUACACAUGAUUUAUCUUCAGUUUUUCUUUCCCCAAAAAGUACUGCAUACAUGAAUCAAGUGAUGCAGUUGCUCUUAUACUCUUCUUGUAAUCAUAGGGAUAUUCUCGUGAGAAAGGCAUGUGUACAGAUCUUUAUUAGAUUAAUUAAAGAUUGGUGUGUCCAUCCUUAUGAAGAGAAGGUUCCUGGUUUCCGUAACUUUGUGAUUGAGACAUUUGCACCAAACUGCUGUUUGCACAGUGUGCUUGACAGAUCUUUUGAGUUCCAUGAUGCAAACACUCUUGUUUUGUUUGGAGAAAUUGUGUCGGCUCAGAAGCUCAUGUAUGACAAAUUUGGCGAUGAUUUUCUCGUUCAUUUUGUAUCUAAAGGAUUCUCUGCUGCACAUUGCCCACCAGAUUUGGCUGAGCAGUAUCGUCAAAGGUUGCAGGGUAACGAUAUCAAGGCACUGAAAUCAGUCUACCAGUCACUUAUAGAAAGCUUAAGAGUGCAGCAGAAUGGAAGCCUUGUUUUUAGAUAGCAUACUGUGUUGGAGAAAUGACAAAUUCAUCUUCCACAAUGGCUUUCACUAUUUUUUUUUUUUUGUGCCAUGUCUUGUGAUAUGGCUACCAGUUUUGUCUGCAAAAGGUAAUGAAGACUUAGCUACUAUAUCAAGGGAACUAUGUAAAUUCUCAUUUACGAUUCCGCUCCAGCAGUGCAGUCAUGGUGUGAAUAUUUACAGGGUUGUGUACAUAACUUGUGUGGCCGUUUUGUGGACGAGUAUGGACACUCUUCUAGGUCCUAAUUUUGAUGAAUUCCUCAAACUACCAACCAACCAGUGAAGUGGCUCAGGUCUAUAUUUAUUCUUUUGUCUCGCAGUUGUAAAUUGUUGGGAAAUUCUUUCAUUUCCUAAAUUGAGUUGCAUCCAUCAAAUUGAAGCUGCUCCUGCGUUGGGAUCAAAAUUUUGGUAUUUUUCUCUCCAAAUUUUGAUUCAUUGUUAUAUAUGUACAAAUUCUGUUGUUAUAGUCUGGUUCUGUGCUGAGGUUAUGAUUUACACCAUUGAACUUUUAUUACGCGAGGUAGGGCAAAAAUGUUCCCAUCUUCCUCCAAUAUUUGAAGACGCUGAUUCUUCCAUGGGUUCCUUUAUGUUUAGAAAUGUGUUUUAGAUGAAAAACAUGAUUUCUUUUGUCUAAGAAUUAUUUUCAUUA